AUGCCUUCGCAUGUUGAUUCGCAGCUGGUUUACGAUAACAUCGGGAGAGAUGAGAUUCAGAAGCUGUUUCCCAGUGAGGGUGCUUUGCCACGGUUAAAGACAAUGACAUGGGACAUGGUGAAUCCGGAUGCAGAAUUCGCAGACCCUGUGGCUGUUAUCAACUUGAAGUUCCUAAAUGAUUUACAGUUGCGCUCAAAAGAAUCGGAAGUGAAGUUUGAAUUAGCUUAUAAUACUCUAGAAACAAUGCUGAAUUCCAUGUAUAGCAUAAGAGACCUGUUGUCUAACGUGCAUUUUGGGGAAUCUUAUUGUGCCUUAUCAUCUCCUUCUCAGUGGGAGUGUGGUUGA